GGAACAGUCAGACGACCGCCGAGCCUCGGCGACGCGAUGCGUGGCCAGGGUAUUGGCAAAUGUGCGCGGGCAACCUCCGCUUGCAGGUUCUCCUCCCUCCUUAUUCCGUCUCUUCUCAUAGUCUGUCUUUUCUGUGCUUUCCUUCUUGCUGCUGUGCAUACGGCCUGAAAUCUUCUGACUGAGAACGAACUUUCCGGUCUAAUUGGACGGCCAAACCAUGACGCGCCUGUCUUGCCAUCUUCCGUCUUUCCUUCUCGCCGCGUCCCUUACAAAUGAUUUCUUCGUAAGUGGGGUAAUUAUGUCCCUGGAGGGGUUGAGGAGGGCAUCGGGGAUAGCGACACAUGGACUGGCGACGAGGGCGGGAGUGGUAGACUUGCAAAACAGCGGGGACUUGGAGUUUUAUAUGAACGUAACGCUUGGCGGGCGAUCCAUCCGAGUGCUGAUGGAUAGUGGAAGCGCGGAUUUCUGGGUAGCUGGAGAGAUACCCGAGGCAGCUGGGACUCCGCAUGCCGUGGCCAUCCACUACCAGGAUUACACCGUCGGAGGGCAGGUCAACCAAUCGACACUGGAGAUCGGAGGGGCGACCAUCGUCAACCAGACCUUUGUCGCGCAGCCAGUCGAUACGUUGCAUCCUGAUGGUCAGGGUAUUCUCGGAAUUGGCCCUACCAGCUUGUCGUCCAUCGCCGCGGCUAUUCCCGCCCCUGCCGGAAACCCGGUUAUAGACAACCUUAUUGCGCUGCAAGGCUCAGGCAGCGAGUAUGUUACGACCCUCAUCAGUCGCCCGAACAACGACUCGGAUGUUAUUUCUACCCAGCUGACUGUUGGAGAGGUUCUAUCGGACUACGAGGAUGUUCAAGUGGCGAAUCGACUGGACGUGUCUAAGAGUGGCUGGGACUCGCAUUGGAUGGUGGCGCUGGAUGAUGGAGGAAUCGUCGGUCCUGAUGGCAAGAUGGUGAAGGCCUCUGAAGGUGCUCAGCUGAAAGUCGUGUUCGACUCGGGAUACACGAUGGCACAAGUUCCUAGCGAUGUUGCGGAGGCGAUCUAUUCUCGAGUGCCCGGGGCCAAGCUGACGACAAUAGACGCUUCGCCCUCUCCAGCUUGGACAAUGCCUUGUAAUAUCGAGCUCAAUGUCACGUUCAAGUUCGGUGGCGUGUCUUACCCCAUCCACCCGCUUGAUACUGUCAUGAACGAUGUCACGGGUCCGUUGGAUAGCAAUGGGAUCUCCUCUUGUGUCGGAGCGUUUCAGCCUUCCACCACGAGCAACCCGUAUGAUAUCUUGCUUGGCAUGACUUUCCUGCGCAACACGUAUCUUCUCAUGAACAUCGGCGACCAGCCCUACGUCCAACUUCUUUCCCUCACGAAUCCUGCACAAGCGCAUGAGGAGUUCGUGCAGCAACGCUUGGACGGUGUAGACACGACUGGGUCCCAACAACUCCUCCCUGAUACUGCAGGUUUGAGCGAUAACUCGAAACCGCCGACAACGGUCCAGAAAUACAAGUCUUUCAUCAUCGCCGGCACAGUUAUCGGCGCUUUCAUUCUUCUGUGCGUUCUCGGCAUCCUCACGGUUUGGUACCGCAAGCGCAGAUAUCAACGGCUCCACGCCCCAGCACCUGAAGGCGCUUUGCAGUCCCGUGGCCCGCAAUCUUCCGCCUGGAAGGAGUUCAAGGAACCCGAGCCCAAGCCACGCUUCAAGGUUUUCUCGCUCGGACUCUCCGGUCGCUCACGCUCGCUCACCCGCGCACACGGACCCCUCCCGGAUUCCUACGGACCCCUCCCGGAUUCCCACGGACAAGACAGCAAUGCCUCGACACGGAAAAAGAACGCCGGCGACCUCGUGCCCAACCGGAGAUCGAAAACGCAGAGCAUGCUCGCCGUCGCACGGCAGCCGUCCUUUGUAGACGAGGGAGCUGCGCUGCUCGGUAAUGCUGCUGUUGUCGGUGUCACGUCGCCGCCAGCGUCGUAUUCCUCUCAUUCUUCCGUGUACUCUCAAGAGGAUGGUCCCAUCCUGGUCAUCGGGGAGAAGCUUCUGCCAAACCCUCAUGAAAGUGAAACAUCGGCAUCCGAGGAAAGGGAUGUGACGAGCCCUCGUGCAGACGACGAAGAGGACCGGGAACUACCCCUGAUUACACCCGCCGAGUACAAACGGCACACCUACGGGGCCGUUGAGCCACAGACCCCGGCGACCCCAAGGCCUCCUGCGAGGGCGGACACACCCGAUCCUUACGACCUUCCACCCCUUCCAGCUCCGGUCCCAGCUCCGGCACCGCUACCGGCGAAGGCGACUAAUAAGCAUCGUCCUCUUCCUACGCCGCAACCAGUGGCCAGGAGUUCCUCAAAAGCCCAGCCGCUCGUGCCGAGUGCGUUCGAGUCGAUGUCUCACAGGGCCGCUCCAGGGCGUUCGAAGAUGCAUACCCUACCUACGCUCGAUAUCUCGAGUACGUCGCUCGGUAUGGGGUCUGUCACCACCUCGCAGUCAUCGAAGUCAUCUCGGUCCGACUCUUCGAGCUCCCGGUCAUAGUCCUGGCGUCAUUCUCGUUCCGUCCCAAAACGUUUAUGUUAUUGUCCGAGUCAGGCCUUUUACGUUUCUAUCACUUGCAUUAUGUUAGCCGGACUCCGGACGUUCACUCAUUUCCUGCGCACCCUCUUUUGUAUCGCAUGCAUCCACCAGAUAUCUCGCAUACGCUACUGCAUUGUAUAUUUGUACACCCGUCGCUGAGUCCUAUCUUCAAGACAGCACUCCCGUGGCUACUUACUGUCGUGCUGCCUGCAUUAUUGAGCGAGGAUGGGGUCGCUGAAAUCGUUCGUAUGCUGCGGGGUCGCUCAAGCUGUCCAAUAUCUAGCAAAUCACGACCAAUCUGACGAGGCGAGGCGACGUU